UAGCAAGCUGCGUACUGUGUUGCUGCUCAGUUUGGACACACCAACUUGUGCGUCUAUUUUGGUAUCUUCUGAGCUCGCCAUCAGGAACCUGGCCGCACUACUGCAUUUGAACAUGGAUCUGAGGGCUUGACUCACUUUGCAGGUGGUACGGGAUCGGAUUCUUGGAUUCUACAUUGAGGAUUUGUGUCUGACACCACAGUCUAGUUUGGACCCUUACACUCAGCAUGAAAGAUCCAUCACCAAGUGUUUUUCUUCAAACCCUCCUUGACCGCAAACAUAAGGGCCGAGGGAAGUUUACAUUUCCCAUCACCUGCCUGAUAUCAACUUGAGCCGGAAGAAAACCAAAGGACCUACAGAGCUGCAGCAGCUGUAAAGGAGGCAAGACUGGUGAUGCACAAGCGAGAAAGACACUUGUUGACAUCAUGAGCUGUGUGGAAAAGCGACAUAUGAGCCAUCGGGUGGGGAGCAUGCUCCACCAUCGCUUCCCCAAUGGCUUCAGUGACUUGUUCAUGGAUGAGACCGAUCGGGAGGUCAGCACUCUCACUGACCGAGCCUUCCGAAGUCUCUGUGUUGGAGAUGACGCAGUUUAUAAUGAUGAGUUCUUGUGUGGAUACUCGCCUUUCAGCUGCCACAAACCCUUGGUGGGGGAGCCUCUUAAAAAGACUCAUAAGGAAUCUAAAAAGCAAGGGCAAAACAAAAGUGAGAAAACUGACACCCAGCCAUGGAAACAGCAGCAACAGAAGAAUAUGUCCCAUAUGUCAUCUUUCCUCAAAGCAUUAAGCGCCACAGAGAAAAGCUGUGAGGGGAUGCUGAUCAAAAAUGGAGGUAUGACAGACUCUAAUGGGGAAUCGUGGGACAAGUCAGCACUUCGCAGCAUCCAAAGAGAGCUAUCGGAAUUCUCCUCGGAUUAUCACACCAAUCUCACAGGUGGACAUUACAAGAACAAUCAUCGACAUCACUCUGGUGAUGGUUUAUCAAACAAAACAGGCAAAGAUGUUGCCCUUCCCACAGGGAAAUCCUCAAAGAUCAAAAAUGGGAAAUCCACUGUCAAACUCACAAAACUUAACAUCAAAAACUUUUUCCUCCACAGUGAGUUCAGCCCUUUCCAAACAUGGAGGGAUUUUAAGCAGUUCCCCUAUGGUCAAGAGGACACAGUCACAUCUAUUCUUCCCACGGAUAAUAUCCCUAAAUGGUACGACUUGCCGUUUUACAAGGAGCUCACAGAGGCACACAGAAAAGAGACUCUGCACACAGAGGAGAUACAGUCAUGCCAGAAAGCAGCAGUUGAGCCCCCUCCUCCCACUGCACUUAAACCCAUCCCUCCCCCUCCUCCACCAAAGGUCCUGCCAAAGCCCUCAGCCACUCCAGCUGAGAAGAGGUGCUCAUCAGAUGGCGCGGAUGGGGUUGCUGCCCCCUGGAGGCGCAACAGGUCCAGGGCAAAAAGUGCUAUUCCAGUUAAUCAGCCUGGAGUACCAAGUCAGGACAAUUAUUCAAAGACAGCAGAUGAAAGUCUUUUGUUGGUCAAAAAGGAAGCUAGAUCUGUGGAGGUGAAAGCAAUAGAGGAAGUCAGCUCUUUGGCCUCUACUCCAUUCAGUAUCUGCCAGCUGAUGACUCCCCUCAUUCCCUCCAGACAACCAACAGAAACAUCAGAAAUUCUCCAAGCAGUCCUCUCACCCUCUGCCAUUGACCUUCCGCUUAGACCACAUUCUGAGGCCAAAGUGACCCCUGAACCCCCAGUCAAGCGGGAAAGCUACAAAUCUCUUGCCUCCAGUAUCCUAUUCAACCUCAAAGACAACAGGAAAAGGGUUAAAAGCCGUUACAGCCCACCUAAAUUCAAAACUUUAGAGUUGCCUGAGGGUGGCGUCCAAUCUCCACAAUCAGAUCAUUUUAAACCACAAGCUGGCUCUGAGGGCAAUGAAUCUGGCUUAAGCACUCCUGCCAUUUUAAAAGAUGGACAAACAGUUUGUAGUCCUGUAUUGGAACCUACCGGCACCCCAACUAUUUGUCUUACAAAGCACGAUACUGACAGGCCUCUGUCGGAUGAUUACUUGUUAUCAAAUCUACUGCAAACCAAAAGGGAGGCUGCAGAUAGUGGUUUUGGUGAGGAGAAUCCCAUCUCCCCCUUUAUACACUCAAAAAAGAACAAGAGCCCCAUGGCUAAAAAGCAAAACUACCCCUCUUUGAAUUUGUACAAGAAAGCCAGCCCUGUUGACAGUGAUAUGAAAUAUCUUCAAGUCCCUCUGAGCAGCGGUGCUCCUGUGCACACAGACCAACCAGAUGAGACAAAUGAACUUUCACCACUCAUGCUAAACAAAGAACUCUCCCCAAAUGCACUGCCAACAAACACAGGGCUUUCACCAAAUACAUUAAAUGUCAACAAAGAUUUUUCACCCAUAACUUCACCCCAUGCGACUGAGAAUGAGAGGUUGUCAUCAAAUAUAUUGUCAGGGAAAAGACCCUCAAAUGUGCCAGACAAAUCAAAACAGCCAGUGAAAGACACAAGAGAAAAAGUCUCUGGAGCGCAGACUGCUUCUAAGGAAAAAGAUACUUGUGGCCAAACCACCGUGAGUACAAUGGAUGUGAUCAGAGCAGCAAGGGAAGCAAUUAAUGCGGCAAAAAAUAAAGCUCUAUCUGCAGCUCAGUCAGAGAGCAUCAAUAAACCGAUUUCAGACACAGAAGAAAUAAAGGAGAAACAAAUAGAUGAGAAGGCUGUCUAUUUAAAGGACAAGUUCAGCAGGAAGAACGAGAGUUCACUACCAGAAAGCAAGCAACCAAGUGGAAUUGAAUCAACUGGCGCAACACUGGUUGGCAAAAAUAGUAAUGUCAAAAAAGAGCCUCCACCAGUUCCCAAACGAAAUUUUGCAAAGUCUGACAUUGAAUUUGCUCUUGACAAACAGCAAACACAUAAUAAUGACAAAGCCACUAAUGGCGAUUCGGAGGACACAAAGGUAGAUUUACCACUAAAAGAAAAUGAAUCUGCCUCAAAACAAGGCAAGAUCAAACGUAUAUUCUCAGCCAGACAGAACAAUUAUAUAAAACAUCAGAGAUAUGCAGUGACGGAUGAUGAACAAGUAGAUGAAUAUCAAGAGAGUGAUGAGAAUGUGAACACAAGAACGGAGACGGAUGAGGAAAUGAUGUCAAUAAGAGACAGUGAGCACAUAAUUAAUGAUUUGCAUGCUUUGAAAGAGCUGGAGAGAGCAAGGCUUGGUGAUCGUAUUCUUGAGAACACGAAGAACAAACUAGGGGCUAUUAACAUAGAUGAAGAGGCCAAGGCUAAGCAUGAUUUGAUCUCAAGGGAGCUUAGAAACAUAAAGAAGGGCAUGCUGUCUAUGAGAGGGAACACAUCGACUAAGAGAGAGCUAUUUGCAAAGAAAGAGAAGGAACAGAGAAAGCAGGAGGCUUUCACUAGGAUAGACAGUAAUGUCAUUAUAAACAAAGCACUUAUAAAUGACAAUUAUGACAAAGCCAAAAUGGCACUUGAAGAGAUCAUCUCAGAAAGGCAGAAGAGAAGGAAUAUAGUCACAGAACAAGAUGCAAUUCCAGUAUUUGAUGAGAAUGUAAGUGAUGAGAGUCAUGUAACAAGGCUACAGCAACGUAAAAAAGCUAUGAAAGAUUCUAUGGUGGGGGGCAAGGAAAAACAAAAUGGCAGCACUUCCACGCCAAAAGAGAAAGAACUAAAAGAGAGGUUAGGUGAUCUGAGAGACCACAAUCACAUGAGGCAGAUUCUGUCACAAACUGAACCAAGAUUUGGUGAGAAUCAUAGAUCAGGUGGUUGGAUAGCUCUACCAGGUAUGGACAAGGUUGGCAGUGAGCUAGAAGCACUCUUUAAAUCUAAAUCUAAAGCUAAACUUGUUAAUGAUAAUAAUCCUAGCUAUGAAUCAGAGGAGGUGAAUUUCAGACAUGUAGCCAGGCAGGUUUCUGAAGACAGCACUGAAUAUCAGAUUAAUGAAAUUAGAAGCAAAAAGUUAGACGCUCCUCCUGUUCCUCCAAGGAGCAAAAAAGGAGGCAAUAGAAGCGAUGGAAGCAUUACUAAGGAAAUACAUAGUUUGAAAGAUGCAGCAGAUGAGGAUGUCUUUAACAGUGAUGGGAAAUAUGAAAGUGGUGAGGUAUGCUCAAAUGAAAUGAGGACAAUAGGCUCAGGAAAACAAGAAGUAGACAGAGACCUGUUCACAAAAGACGCUGUGCCCAGUCAAAGUGAAACCACUUCUGAUAAAGAAAUGUGGGUCGUGGUAAAUAAUGCAAAGUCAAAAUCCAUUACUGCCCCUGAUGCUGUUACAUGUGAACCCACCUUGCCUUCAGAUUACCCACAAUCUGAAAAUAGAUUGUACUUUUCACCAAAAUUCAGGGGAGAUGAAAAUGAAGCAAAUAGCUGGCAGACAAAUAUGAGCCCCACAAAGGAAACCACAUUUGAAAGCAGCAAUGCUAAGUCACAGGAAACAUGCAAGAUAAAGCGAAAGGCUCCUUUAAAACCAGACCAUUUAAUCACACCAGAUGACAGUGUAACUAAGAAUCUAGUAGGAAAUGAGCUUGACAAAAUAAAUAGACCUACUGAGGAAAUACAUGCGGAUACAGAAGGUCCCAGUGAAAUGCACAGGAACAUAAUAUCACCCUUACUACUUGUAAAUGGCAUUAGUGUCAAUCAGAGCCCACCUGAUCAAGCCAGCUUGUCCUCAAAAUCUUCCUACUUCUCUGUGGAGAGUGCACUGCACAGAAAUACUGAGACUGAGUCAAACGUUUACCACUCCCUGGAGAACCUGAUUGGAGAGGUGGAGGAGGUCGAUGGGGGAAUGCGAAAUGAUUCACGAAACACGAAACAAGAUUCAGACAGGACUGAAGUGGAAUAUUAUUCUUUAAGUGAUCAUGAAAGUGAGCCAGAGGCUGUAAAGCGACUGAUAAUGUCUCCUCACAAAGACACAGAAGUGCCAAACAAUGACAGCAAAGAGAGAGAAAAUACCACUACUGACCAAAGCUUAACUCACGAUGAAAGUAAUCAGACACCAUUGUCACCCUCUAACACUCUCGCACAAACUUUGGGGAUCCCUGCCUUAUUUAAAGUCAAAGACAAUACUUGCAAUGUUAAGUUGAAGAAGACUGUACAACCAUGGUCACCAAGAGGGAGUCUGAGUGGUUUAGAGAGGGAAGAGGAGGAAUUACAUCUAGUUAAGGAAAACCCAGAGCUCCCGCUGGCUAAUGAACCUACCAUCAGUGGUAGCACCUUAAUUCCAGAAGAAAUCUUCAAACCUAAAAAGAUUUUAUCCAACCAAUCACCCCCUCUGCUGCACUCGCCUUCAAAUCUACAAAAUGAAAACCCAAAGAAACCCCAAGUUGGACAGUUCCUCACUGUCCCACAGGAGGAAGACAGAUUUUCUGGAGUGAGUCCAUCAUCAGAAGGAGUGGAGAGCUUAACAACCAGCACAGCUGAUACAGCUGAUGAGAUGGGAGUGAAUGUAGGAGCACCAAAGGUUCCCAGCGAAUGCUCGGGAUCCACCUACAGUGGGAAUGAGAGCCAAACAGGGCUACCCAAACCACCGGCUGUCUUACCCAAAUCUGAAAAGGCUGUUCUCAAAGCCAUUAAGCUGGCAAAUAGAAGAAUGAAGAAGGAGGAGGCCCAGAAGUCCUCCCACAAGUCAUCUCAAAGUAGCAGCAAACACAGAGCAGAGAGACACAAGGGUGACAAAUCUGAGCAAAAAGGAAGCAGCAGCAGCAGGAGCAGCAAGAGCAGUGAGAAAAAACACAGAGAAAAAAUGGAGGACAGUCAUCAUCAGAUUGAAAAUCACCAUCAUGACAGAAAAGAAAUGAACCACAACACUCGGAGACAGAGCCACGAUUCAGUGGACAGCAACAACCAGAGCAAAGAAACACUACCCAGUGUUGCGACAGAAAGACAAGGCCGCAGCAGCGACAGGCACAUUCGGGAUAAGUCAGACAAAAGACAUUACAGCACUGAUCGGGUCAUCAGUAACGUACCUGUGUACAAAGCUCACGUCGGCGAGAGACCCAUGUCAGACAGGCCAUCCCACCGAUCACAAAGCAUUGAUAGGUACUUGGGAGAUAAAGUGGAACGCAGGCUUAGCGCCGAUAUGUCAGUCAGCGAGAAGAUCGAGCCGAGGAACCAGCGCAUUGAGAAAUCCAUCAUGGAUGAGCUUCAGCAAAGAGGCCGACCCAGAGACAAGGUGAGCAGAGACAACCCUCUGAGAAGAAGUCACAGUAUUGAUGCGUACAGCGCUGGCGUAACUCACCCUUCAACUCUGUCCCGCCAGUCAAGCCACACCAGCCAGCUUUCACACCAGUCCAGCAUCGAGCACGCCAUUGUCACACAGUCCUUCCCUAUCACCCAGCGUAAGCUCCUCCAGGAUCCAGACUCAGGGCAGUACUUCUUUGUGGACAUGCCUGUACAAGUCAAGACAAAAACCUUCUUUGAUCCUGAAACAGGAAGCUACGUGCAGCUGCCAGUCCAGCCACCAGAGGGUGCUAUCCCUCAGGCAUCCCCCAUUGAGGUCUUGACCCCACCUCUGGUUGUUUACCACGGUUUUGUCCCGGUGCCUCUGUCCCCCAUGGCUCAGAAAGCUACCAUCCAGGCUCCUCAUAUGGAGCCAGAGGAGUUUGAGCAGAGACACCUCGAAAGGUCAAGGCAAAUGCACUGUAAGGAGGGACAUCAGUAUUUAGAACCUGUCUAUGGUCAACAUGACCACAUGUUAGGGGAGUUCGUGGGCACUGAGGAGCUGGACUGUCCAAGCUGAUAGGCCAUGAGGUUUGAAAGGAAAAAUCCACCCUCUCCAUAAGCUGUUUUGUAUCAUCAAACUGUGGUGUUCUUUGCAUUCCAGGAAUUAUUUUGUGAUCAAGAAAUUAAUUUUCUUUAAUCAAAAAAAAUAUAUAUUUAUUUGAUGGAUUAUUUGUCUGUUGAAUGUUGGUACAAGAUGGCAACUCCAGAAAGAAGCCCUCUGUUUUUCAAGAUUUUACACUGUUUCACAGAAUGUUGUUUUGUUGUAAACAAAAUAAGACAAAUACACCAUAAAAAAACAAAAUGGACCCAGAAAUGCAGCGUACAUCGCGUAUACCUGUUUCAUUUUCAACAGUGUUCAAGUGUUAAAGGGUGGAUUUUUCCUUCAAGGUUAAGUGUUUUCUCCAUAAAGAUAUUUGAUCCUUGUUUUGCUUCACGUGCCUUUAAACUUUCAUGCAACACAGAAGCUGUGCAGGCUUUGUGAAGCUUAUGAGGCCUCUAUUUAUGUGUUCAUGAAGAGGUGUGAGUUUAACCUGAGUGUACACUGACGAGGGAUUUACUGAACUUAUGGAAGAAUGAUUGUUGCUGUUGAAUGCUGUUGUUUGAAUGUGGGUUGAAGGAUUUGUGUAAAGAUAAUGUGCAAUUCUUAGAGACCGAUAAGGGGACAUGGAUGAUCCAUGUACAUAAUGUAUUUAACUGUAAACAGAGAGGAUAAGCUUGAAUAUAAAUGUGGAAUAUUUCUUGUAAAUGCUGAGUUUGUUAUAUUGAACUUCAGUGGUAUGUGGGUCUCUGCUACUUUUCAGGUAUUGUGGCUUUUUGUUUUAUUACCUGCAAAGUUUGUUGCCUUGAGAUUCUUCUUCCACCAAACAGUCACGUUAUUAUCAUCAGAGAAACCUGAAAGAAAUAGAAUUCACUCAAAAAAUGAUUCGUUAUUGAUUUUAACUGAUAGUGUCCACACUACUGAAUUUUCAAAUAUUUUGCAUGAUAAAGCUGAAAUUGCAGUUACACCUGUUGAUUAUGUUUGAUACAACACAGAGGUAAUUUAUACUGUCUAAAAGCUUGAACUGGCAUCAUUGCAAUUAAUGUUUUUUGAUCAGCAGAGGACGUGAAGGAGAAUUGGUUUUGCAAGUUUGUUGCAUUGGAGUUUUUCUAAACUAGAACAAAGCAGGGCUGUAUUGUGUCUGUGAUCCAUUCCAAUA